AUGCGCGCAGUCUUAGCCGCCCUCACCCUUGGUCUCGCUAACACAGCCAGCGCAUUACUGGCUGCGCGAGAUGCUGGCUCCACGGCCUGCACCGAUCUGACGACCCAGCUGGGAACUACCAAGGUUGCUACGAGCAUCAAGAUCGACUACAUCCAGAGCAAGAAUGAGUACUUCAACACGGCUCAGAGCGGCUACAACCCUUCUUGCGUGGUGUUUCCAACCACCGCCCAGGAUGUGGCAGCCAUCCUCAAGUCGGUACGCGCUGCCGGGUCGCGCUUCGCUAUCAAGACGGAGGGUCACAACCCCAACACCUUCUUCUCCAGCGUGGACAAAGGCGUCUUGAUCGACCUCACCGAGAUGAAUGAACGAACUUACGACGAAACGACGACGCUUGGAACAUACCAGCCCGGUGGCAAGUUUGGCGACAUCUACGACUACUUCGCGAAGUACAACAGGACGGUUGUUGGAGCCCGUCUGAGUGGUGUUGGUUCAGGACUGGCUCUCGGGGGUGGCUUGAGCUACCUCUCGAGCCAGUACGGCCUGGCCGUUGAUUCUUUUCGGGAACUGGAGGUUGUGCUGCCGAGCGGCGACAUCGUGACUGCCUCGCCCAGCGAAAACGAGGACCUCUUCUUUGCGAUGCGCGGAGGCGGCGGCAAUGCCUAUGGCGUCGUGACCAAGUACAAGAUCCAGACACGCCCAAUCGGAAAUCUCUAUGCCGGCAACGUCAUUUACCUGUUCAACCAGACUCAGAACGUCAUGAACGCCAUCGCCAACUUCACCUUGUACAACGAGGAUCCCAAGGCCGCGAUCAUCGGAACGUACGAGAAGCUGGGCACUCCCGCUCUCGGAGACUUGAACCUCGACGACUUUGCCAUUUUGUUCAUGGUCUACGACGGUGACCAGGCCGGCGCAGAGAAAGCCUUUGCCAACUUCACCUCAAUUCCCCACCUGCUCAACACCCUGGGUACCAAGACGUACAAGGAGGUGAUCAACAUGCCCCUGCCCCACGGCGCCGAGCUGUCCAAGGGCAAGAACCAGUUCCGCAACGGCGUGUACCGGAUCCCAUUCCCUGGGAGCGAGACCGGAAACGCCGUGGUCGACAACGCCUAUCGCUCCGCCCACGAGGCCUGGACAAAAUGGGGCGCUGACAACAAGGGCAAGUACACGCUCUUGUCGAUUGACUACCAACCCAUCCCUAAGAGUCUUACCGACGCAUCGAAGAGCCAGAACGGCGGCAAUGCGAUGCAGAUGCCCGACGGACCUUGGCUGUGGCUUUGCUUCCUUCUGCAGUCCAGCCCGUUCCUCACCAGCGGCCAGACCGCCGAGCUCGAGGCUAGCUUCAAGAAGAUGGUUGAGAGUGUGCCCUUUGCCGACGACCUGCCGCUGUUCAUCAAUGAUGCGCAUUACGACCAAGAUCCCCUGAAGACCUUCACCACCUAUAGCAAGUUGCAGGAGAUCAAGGCCAAGUACGAUCCUGAAGGGUUCUUUUCUAACUACACUGGUGGCUGGAACUUUGACUUGUAG